AGCCCAGAAACAAUGCCUCUUAUGCAGCCAGAUGCCCAUUGCGAGAGGACAUGAUUACUGGCACAGCCUGCAAGGCCUAGUCGUCGGUCUGUCUGUCGGUCUGUCUGGAUCUGCAUCUGCUCUGGCAAGAACUCCAGCGGGAGACUUUGCAACAUGGCGAGCGAGGCGAGUGUGGCCAGCAGCCAGCCGGACCAGCGACAGCUGAGGCUCAUCGCCGCCUCGGCGCAGGCCAACGAGAGCCGGAUACGCGACAUUCUUGAGGAAGACCCCGGAUCCUGGACCUCUGUCACCGACCAGGACGCGCUGCGCCAGGCCCUGCAGAAGGUCGCGGCGCGUGGCAAGCUGUCCAUCGUUCAGUUCUUGCUGGCACAUGGCGCCGAUGUCAAUCCGCGCCGGGACAACGAGGUGUCGCCUUUGCUAAAGGCGGCCGAAGGUGGACAUGCCAUUGUUGUCACAGAGCUGCUGCGAAGGAGAGCUGACCCCAACUGUCGCAAUCCUCGGAGCGGGCAGACCGCGCUCUUCGCCGCUAUCCUCAAAGGCCACAACACCGUGGUAAAGGCGCUGCUGGAAGGUGGUGCCAGCGUCGACGCCCAUGACCGAGAGGGGCGGACGCCUCUGCUAUUCCUUGCGGCGGAGAAGCCCGGCAAGACCAAGUGGAACGUCGAUACUAUCAAGCUAUUACUCGACAACCGGGCAAAUCUUGAGGUCAAGGAUGGUAUUGGGCGGACACCACUGCUAUGGUCUGCAACAAAUGGAAACAUUGCUCUCAUGAGGGUCCUCCUCGAAUACAAAGCCGACCUCAACGCCACCAACAAUCGAGGACGCACGGCAUUGCACCUCGCCGCUGAGAGUAACCAAGGGGAAAGCAGAGAGGAGGCCGUGGCCUUGUUGCUGUCCUACGGCGCCGACCCCUGUGCCGUCAGUGACGGUGGAUGGACACCUCUGCAUAAUGCGGCACAGAGUGGCUAUGCUCCGAUCGUUCAGAUGCUCUUGGAUGCUGGUGCCAACGUCAAUGCGCAGCUGUCGAAUGGCAUGACACCGCUUCACUGGGCCGCCUCCAACGGCUUGGAAGAGAUGGUCAAGGUUCUCCUUGCACGUCCUGAACUUUCGUUAUCGACCAAGGAUUCAUUCGACCGCACGGCCAUGCUUUGUGCAGCCGAGAGGAACAACCCCGAGAUUGUGCAGCUUUUGUCCCCAGCCAGGAAUGCAGAUCGUUUGUCCCCCGUGGCGGCUGCUGCAUGCAAGGCUUUCGACGCCACCAUUGUUGAUUUUGGGCAGUUCGACAAGAAACAGCUCGUCCAGAAGUGUACAGUCCAUGAGCUUCUGUACGGUUGGGACCACGAGAAUGAUAAACCGAAGAUACCCACCCUACAAAAGAAUAUCAAGUACAAGCCUGACUUCCGGUGGAUACAUCUUCCUGCUAAUAACGUCUCGUGGGUUGAGACUCUACUGGCCAAGUCCUUCAUCGAGGCAGGACAUCGAGACAUUGAAGCAUUCAAGGCUCUUGAACGGUGCUUUGAUCAAGAGCACCAUGGUCGCUACUCACAUGCUCAUUUCAUGCGCACAUUCUGUCAAAGAAUUGCAGCACGCAACUCCGAUCCAAUGGAGGUCAAACGAGAAGACAAACCGCUCAUCUCAGUUACAGAAGAGCCCCAAGAACCCAAUCUCAAACCAGAAAUGAGCGGGCCGCCAUUGACGCCGCGGAAGCUCAGUGACAGCUUUGAGAGCGAGACGCCAAGAAGUGAAGGCAAGAAGAAAUCAAGAUCCGAGCAAUUAGCUGAGCGGCAUCCAAAGAAAACAAAACGUGGGAAAGGUCCGCCGGGCAACCCCCCUCGACGCCAGGAUAGCAAUUUCAGCAACGCAAGCAACAAGACCUCAGCGCCGCUUGCAUGGGAGACGAGCCGCUUCGCCGCGUCGAACGGGAAAAUUGUGCUGUUUAUGCCAUUCCUGCACUACGAAACGGACGAACGCAGGCAGAGGAUGAGCGAUUCCAUCAGAGAAGCAGCUGAGAGGCAGGGCUUACCUGCGAAUCCUUCUAGAGACACCCUUCUUGUGCAUGCAUAUUUGAACAACACCCGUCGUCUGCAUCCAAGGAGAACACUUGAUCAAUACUUCUACCACGGAAUUGAUACCACGAUCCGAGAUACUGACCAAGUCGUCUAUCGCUAUUGCAAACACAACCACAUCGAGCAGAAAGUCUUCAUGGUGGAUCAGUUAUGGCUGUGGAUUAUCGGAAAAGACCUCAUCAUCACCUGUUUCCCACAAAGGUGGAAUCAGCCAAAGCAAGACCCUCUGAAUGUGCUCGACGGCAUUAUAGAAGAGACGAAUGCCAAGACCAGGCCUCCGAUAGAGUCUGUGUACGACCUGGCCAUGCUCAUCACGCACCGCUGCUCGGGCAUGUUUGACCGACAUAGGCUGCAUGAUCCAGACUAUCAGUUCCUCGACAUGUUUGAACAGUCCAUUGGAGUCGUGACGGAUCUCGAAAGCCAGUUAUUCAGUCGCUUCAAUCGGGCAUCCGAGCAAUCUACGAAAUGGUUACAGGACCACCACCAGCGUCGACUGGGCAGACACAGCAAUUUUUUCCCGGACAUUGGCGUCGAAACUGCUCUACUGGUCGAAAUCAAGGAUAUCAGAGACGAACUGGGCAUUAUCGCGCAGAUAUUGGACUCGCAGCUGUCGGCGCUCGGUUAUUUCGAAUCCGUGGUUACCGAGGAAGUCCGGAGUGAAGGCCCUCGCAAAGUGACGGAUGCCACAGUAAUCGACAUCAAGAAGCACAGUCGAGAGCAAUGCCGCGGCGUCGAAGACCGUCUCAAAGAUAUCGAUCGUAUGGAUCAGCAGGCGGAGAGGCUAUAUGUGAGUCUGCGCGAUCUUUUGGACCUGAAGCAGAAGCACUCGAAUGUGCUUGAGGCCCGAUUUGCCGGGGAUCAGGCUGUCAUUGCUGCGAGGCAAGGCCAGACCAUCAUGGUCUUCACCAUUGUAACCAUUAUUUUUCUUCCGAUGUCGUUCAUCGCCGCCUUUUUCGCCAUCAACCUGGAGGACUGGGAGGCCACCCCACUAUCAGCAGGGUACGUCUCGAAGUACAUGUUCGGCAUUGGACUGGGGAUAUCAAUCCCGCUCAUCGUCAUGGCUGUCACGUUCAACGAGAUUUUCGAUGCGGCAAGACGUCUCUGGCGCGAACUGAAAGGGCUCUUUGGCGGUGGGAGACUGCGGCGAAACUCCUCCCUCACGGCGGAGCUGGCGCCUGGCACGGAUCUGCGUCAGAUCCUGAGCCGUCUGUCGACCAGCCAUGACGAUGAUGGUCCCGACGAGAAAGCAAUCUUGAGUAGCAGGGUCGACGCUCUGCAUCCGCCGCGCCCCGGACGACCGUCUCUCCAGCUGAGCGAGCCACGACAGAGUCGAGACUCGAGACGCCGCAUCGACCUAACGUCGAUCAGCACGCGGGUUCAACACAGCCGCGACCAAAGCAACGACUACUCUGUCCACUAUUCCGCCGGCAUUGGCGGUGGCGGGGUUGCUGGGGCCAUGAGCGAGGCCGCUCGACGACGCCGGUCCUCGGCUGCGGCUGGUGCUCGGCCGAGGGGGGACAGCAUCAUCGGCGGCGGCGGGGUGAAUAGUCACAAUCACAAUCACAACCACAACCAGGCCGUCUCUUGGGCGGCAAGACCGAGCAUGGAACGCCACCAAGACCACGCCAGGCAUCACUCGCCACCAAAUCCAUAUCAGCCGCGGCGCCAUAAUCUGCGUGAGCCGGACCUUGAGCGCGGCCCGUAUUCAGAGAAGCCGUGAUUAUUAGUCGCGUCCAGCACCACGACACGACACGUGUGUACUACUUAUCAUGAGGUAGCGAAUAAUAUCCUUUCAAUUGC